AUGGAACUAACAAAUCUCCAAGGUCUCGAACAGCCCAUACUUCUCGGGCCGAAGUCCUCUUGCAAAAGCUCAGAUGUUGCUUUUGGACUUUGGGGGAUCAAGUUCCCGCAUCGGCGGGAUCAACACGACGACUUCGAAUACAACUUGGAGACUUAUAUGACGUAUUACUACAAGCAGAUUAGUCUCUUCGCAAAAGAUGAAGGGAAGUUCGUGGUUCUCAAGACACAUCAAGACAUUGCCAACAUCGCCAAUGACCUCCUGCGACAAAACCUUGGCAAGGACGAAAUGAUCAAGAGAUUUCACACCAACAAUCAGAUGGAUGAGAUUCAGUUGUACGCGUCUACAAACCUCACUGCAAGGUUGAUUUUCAUGAUGUGCAUAGGCACCGCGCCACUUGUCGUGUCUGGUGGCACUGACUUCAAUUGGAUCGACAACGAAAACAUCUCCUCUGAGUCUAUCAAAGACUCCGUGGCACGACACUUCAACGACUCCAGAGACGCCAGUUCAGGAGACUCUAUUCAGUUCAGCAAAUUACUCACAGCUCAAAACCUGCGUCGAAUUGUUGGGCUUAAGAUUCUCUGGACUGAUAACAUCGCCGAUCAUUUGCGGUUAUUCAGAGAUGACACCGAAGUUGCUAUUUUUCAUCAUGCCUCGUUUCUGAUGGUCGCAAAACAUGCGUAA